GUAUCAAAAAUAGAAAACGCACGUUUUUUCUGUUGUCCCUUUGUAUCAGUUUAGCAAUUUUGUAUAAAUUGUACAGUGUAUUCGUUGGCGUCCAACACCAUCGAAACAAAGAUCUCCAAACGUUCAUUCCACCGAGCGUCCUCCAGAAAACCCAUCAGAAACAAGAUAGUUUUGUUGUUAUCGUGAGAAGCGCACGUUUAAACCGCCCGCCAUUGAGCGCUGAGCACCGCCGAGUACCAUCGAGUACCGCCGAGUUUCAUUACAUCUCUGUUUGUCACUGGACGUCAUCGCUUGUAAUUGAGUGCGUGUGAGCGAGACGGUGCGAUAGUAGUGCAGGCGCACGCGCCGCACUCACACAGGAAGCCGGCAGGCGUGCCAACGCGAGCAAACUCCACUCACACCACCGGCGACGAUCACUUACGCACCAGCCGCGUAACACACACAGUCGUAGCCAGCCAGCAGCCAGUCAUUCAUUUUGCGUCUCCGUCUCCGCACAACGCAGAACUGUUAGUGAGUCUCGUAGUCGAUUCGUCGUUAGAUUGUUUGUUGGAGAGCUCAUCGAGGGGUGCUUUUUAUAAAACAGUAUAAACAAAUUUUUGUAUGAGUCAAAAGGUAGAAAAACCAGUUUUAUCCGGUCAACGCAUCAAGACCAGAAAAAGAGAUGAAAAGGAAAGAUACGAUCCAGUAGGUUUCCGAGAUGCGAUAAUCUCUGGACUAUCUAGUCAACGUGCUAACGACUUUGAAGCGAUCUCGCGCCUGCUCGACACCUCCGGUAACAGAUUGGACUACCGCCGCUAUGGCGAAGCACUCUUCGACAUCCUCAUCGCUGGCGGCAUCUUGGUGCCCGGCGGCGCGCUCUCGCAGGAGGGCGACGGGCCGUACAAGACGGAGGCGUGCAUCUUUUGCACGCCGGACGAAAUCAGCAUGGACCUCAUGAAGAGCUGGGAGCAGGUGUUCAUCAAACUGAUGCGCCGUUAUAAGUAUUUGGAGAAGCUAUUCCAGGAUGAGAUCAAGAAGAUACUAUUAUUCGUCAAAUACUUUACGCCGGCAGACCGCAAGAAAUUGUCAGCAAUGAUGAUGCUCUGGUUGUCCAACGGCAGUGUUCCCUUCAACGCUGUCCUGGUACUGAACAACUCUCACCUCGUCAAGGACAACCUCGCUCUAGAUUUCCUCAUCGAGGUGUUCAAGUGGUGGCGCCAGGAGAAGGGCGUCGUCUCGUUGCACUCGGCUAAAAAGUCCAACAUCGAGUCGCAGCUCAUCAGCUUCGUGCCCGACACCAAGCAGUCGCUGUUGUAUUUCCGCAACGCCUUUCUCGAGAACGGCCUCGAGGAGAUUCUCAAGCUGUACAACGACCAGCACCAAUUGCAGGCGAAGAAGGAACUGCAGGUGAUGAUUGCCGAUGGGUUGGCCGAUGGCAAACCGCAUAAGGACCUCGUCACCGAGAUCAAAGAGUUUUCCGCCAAGGAGAGCAUCUCCGACCAUGAGAUUGUCUGCAUCAUUUGGACCACUGUCAUGAACAUCCCAGAUUGGAAUAAAAAAGAGGAAUUGGUAACUGAUCAGUCCGUGCAACACUUGAAGCAAUACACAACACUGUUCACGGCGUUUGCGCAAACUGUGCGCUCCGAAUUGAGCCUGCUGUUGAAGAUUCAGGAGUACUGCUACCAGAACAUGGUGUUCAUGCGCGCCUUCCACCGCAUCGUGAUGCUGUUCUACAAAACGGACAUCAUUUCCGAGCAGGUUAUUCUGAAGUGGUACAAGCAGGACUACAACGUCAAGGGCAAGAUGAUGUUCGUCGAUCAGAUGAAGAACUUUGUCGAGUGGCUGCAGAACGCCGAAGAGGAAAGCGAUUCCGAGUCGGACACCGAGUAGUAGGUAUUGGAUUGGGCGCUCGAAUUUUACCCCUUUAGGCCAGCGGCAGCGUACGAACGAAUCAAAUCACACGUCGACCAACCAAACACUUACUAAAGGAAACUACUAAACUAUUUAAAAAUAUAUAUAACGAAUGUUUAACAAAAACAAACAAGCGGCAUAAUUGAAUGCGACACAACUAAACACACGUACAUAAAAUUUUAAGAAAUGAGUCAAAGUUGAUGAUAGCUUUUUGAACAAUCUGGGAGUAACAAUAAUUUUUGUAAUCGAUACAGUGCCACCCGAUUUUUUUUCUCUCUCAAUCAACUCGAUUUUAAUUGCAAAACAAGAAAUAAUAAAUCGAACAACUUUUUAUAUCGACACUGUCUUCAUUUUUGUGUUUGAACACUAACAAGUUGUAAAGCGAAGGAGAAGCGAAUGAAAAUGAAAGUAAACAUUUCUGGUGCCUUAAUAAUCAUUGUCAAUGGGUGACUACAUAGGACCGGAUCAUACCGAACAGCAGCAUUAUGAAACAUUCGUUCAAAAACAUCAACAUUCCAUUGAAACACAUUGAACUAAAAUUUAAAAUGUAGACAAUUAGAGACGAGCUGGGUGUGAGAUGGAGACAAGUCGUUUAAUAGAACACUAGCGUCGGCAACCAACUGUACAUCUGAGUAUCAGAAAUUUUAAACUAAGUGAUCGACAAUUCACAAUUCCAUUCUCAUGUCGUUUCCGUGAAUUUUGUGAAUUUAAUCAUCUCUAUUAAUGUUAUACAUAAUACCAACUAUGAACGGUGUAAAUUUUUUAUAGUUGCUCGUUUGGUACUCAUUUGAAACUUUCUUAAGAUUAUUACUUUUGAUUCUCGUUUGCAUCAAGUGUUUUCUCAUCACAAUUACAUUGUAAAUGAAACUUGUUAGCACGUAAAACUCUACUCGAUAAGAAAUCAAGCGCCAAAAUGAUAAGAGCAAGUUAUUAUCGUUGCCGGUAACGAAUUGCGUGCGAAUUGAAUCGUGCGUUGAACGUAGAUUUUAAGAAUGAAUAUAGUUAAGCCGAACAUUGAACAUGAUAGUAAUGGAUUAACUUUUAAGUCGGAACCAUGCAUGUGUGUGACGUUAAUAACAGCUACGUAUGAACAAAUAAGAUACUUGAGAGCGAACAUCUAAAAUCACAUGCGAACAUGAUACAAUAUUGCGACGACUAUAUUUUUUCUGUAAUAAAGUUUACUUUUUAA